CGCACAUAAUAUUGUUUAAAAUUUAAUUAAGCUACUGUGUUAAUUUAUCCUUUAAAUGUAUGUAUAUGUGUAAAAGCUCAUAGCAAACAGCGCGCGCGCAACCUCCAACUAAGUGGUACGGAAAAAUAGCCUCCCUAAUUAUUGCUCUGUGCAUAGAUCAGUAGUGGUGCAACAGUCGUGCGGUGUAGACGUCGUUUGGACAUCGAACGCGAGUAAAAACCGCGUUGUUAUGUUAAAUUCUUCAAAAUGAGCUUAAAAACUUUUUUAAUAUGUGCGUUGACUGUAUUUAUGUUUAAUAAUGUAUCAGGACAAAAAACAACACCCAACGUGGCGCUGGAGUGUCCGUCACUUGAAAAGGGAGAUAUAUACACACAGUCGGAGUUCCUCUCUCGGCUGGCGCACGAAUGCCGCUACGACCGUCUGCUGCUGCCUACGUACCAGACCGGUGAAGUGGUCUACGUACACGCUAGUGCUUACGUAUACUUUAUACAGCCCGCUGAAGCACACGAUUUGAAUUUCAAAUUGCACUUUCUUCUGCAACUACGCUGGACGGAUGCGCGUUUAGCUUACGCGCUCUAUUCUCCGGAGCGAACGAAGAUUAUCGGAGAGAGCGAUCUGAGGCAACGUAUCUGGGUGCCACACUUGUAUAUGUCCAAUGAACAAUCGUCGAGUCUCAUGGGUACUGAUAGUAAAGACGUACUCAUCUCUAUAGCACCUGACGGUGAAGUCCUAUUCAGUAGACGUAUGCAAGCUGUACUAUACUGCUGGAUGAACCUACAAAAGUUUCCAUUCGAUGAUCAAACGUGCUCUAUGAAUCUUGAAAGUUGGAAAUAUAACGCUUCGAUACUUCGUCUAAUGUGGGAGAAGGACAAUCCAGUUCGACUAUCAUCAGAGUUACACUUAACAGAAUAUUCGCUGUUAGAUUACUGGACGAAUGAAUCAGUCGUACGAGGCGACAUUGUGAACAUGCGUUUGGGAGGAGGUAGAUCUGGCAACUACAGCGCCCUUAAGUUUACGUUUAAAUUGGGACGCGAAGUUGGUUAUUACCUGAUGGAUUACUUCAUACCUUCGAUGAUGAUUGUUGCAAUGUCGUGGGUUACAUUCUGGCUACAGGCCGAUGCCUCCGCACCGAGAAUUACUUUAGGAACAAGUACAAUGUUAUCAUUCAUUACUCUGGCUUCAUCUCAAGCGAAGACGCUGCCGAAGGUUUCGUAUAUAAAAGCCAGUGAGAUCUGGUUCCUCGCCUGCACUGGAUUCAUCUUCUCAGCUCUCGUGGAAUUCGCAUUUGUUAAUACUAUUUGGCGAAGAAAGAAGGUAGUAAGUUUGAAGAAAGUGAAUAGCAAAUACAUAUUGAAGAGCACUCUAACGCCGCGGCUGGCUCGGCGCGAGCUGCAGAAGGAGCUGCAGUCGUCGCCGCAGCUCAGCAAGUCGCGCUCCUGCUCCUCGCUGCAGCAGGAGACCAGCAGCGAUCCCGCCGGACCCGGCUACAACAACUACCUCACUGUACACAGUUUCCCGUCAGCCUUAAACUUGCCGACUAUAACGACGCAGAGCUACGACGACCUGAUAACAGGACAAGGGGGUCAAAGAGCGGGUGGCAGCGAGGGGUCAGACGAACCUCCGAAGCACCACACAUGGACGACAAUGACCCCACAAGAGAUCGCCACGUGGAUCGACAAACGUUCCCGAAUCUUAUUUCCUUUACUGUUCAUAUUCUUUAAUAUCCUCUACUGGACAUUUGUUUACUGCCUGUGAUUUUGAAUUUUAAUAUUUCUUGUGCUUUAUUUGAAAGGUGCUGAAAUAUUUCAUUGUGCCUUGUAAAAGAUGUACCAUUGUUUUUGACUAUAGAACUCUUGUACAAACUACUUCAGUCGUAUAUCUUAAUAACAUUGAGAGAUCAUUCUACAAAUAAUUCCUACGAAAAUACUAUAGAGUAAUGAAUAAUAUAUCGAACGAAUUUUGGGUAGUUCACUAACAAUGUAACAUUUAAUUUGAUAAGAUGUAAUCGACAGUAAAAUUUGAUUUUAACGUGAGACAUAGACGAAGCGUAGUAAACGUACAUUUAUUUUUAGAGCAUUAUAUUUUAUAUUUUAUCUUAUGAGUCGCAAGUACGCGAAUACAAGUUGAUCUUGACUUUAAUUUAAGAUGACUAAUAUAAAUGGAAAUGACGGUAUAAAAUUUGCUCGAUUUAUACAUAAACUGUUUCGUAAGGAUCCCUUUGAGAGGAUACCUUAUGUGUUAAAUAUAUUUUUAAAUUAUUUUUCUAAUUUUAUAAAGAA